GGACCCAUCUAUGGAUACUUUGGUGUCUUUAGAGUCACACAGCCCUACAGGUGGACUAAUUCUUUGACUUCAUGAGAGGGGAAUCAUUUUUUUGGGAGCUUUUGCAGCCGCCAUCAACCCAAAGUGGUGAUGUCUGAGGAAAAUAUGGGGGAAGAUUCGGGCAGCUCCCCUGUUUCUCCUGUGGACAGUUUGAGCAACAGCGAGGGGGAGCUGGACAGGCAGCCGAAGAGAUGUGGGAGGAAGAGGAGACCGAGCAGGAAAAACGGGGAGGACUCAGAUAGCCCUACCCCUGGGAAAAGAGGGAAGAAGUCCAGCAGCAGCAGCCCCCAGUCUUUCGAGGAGCUCCAGUCUCAGCGCGUCAUGGCCAACGUCCGGGAGCGACAGAGGACCCAGUCUCUGAACGAGGCUUUUGCAGCUUUGAGGAAAAUUAUCCCCACUUUGCCUUCGGACAAACUCAGCAAAAUACAGACUCUUAAACUUGCAGCCAGAUACAUCGACUUUCUGUGCCAGGUGCUGCAGAGCGACGAGCUGGACUCCAAAAUGUCAAGUUGUAGUUAUGUGGCUCAUGAGAGGCUGAGCUACGCCUUCUCUGUUUGGAGGAUGGAGGGUGCUUGGUCCAUGUCAACAUCUCACUAGCACCUGGAGGAAUUAUGCCCAAAAUGGUGACUGCUGAUUCUUUAUUCUGACGGGACAAAUCUGGAGUCCAAUGCUGGAUACAUGGGAUCACUAUUUAAACCAAAGACGACAGAGGCUCUGGGGAUCAUUUUGCAGAGGCCCGAGUGGGACUUGCAGCCGUGUGUUAUAGUUCCAAACACCCCAUAUCCCAUGGUGUGUUUUCAUACUGUUGACGACGAAUGUUGAAUAUGAAAAGACAAGGGAUUUUUUUUUUUUUUUUUUUUUUUUUAAAUGCAUGCCUUUGGACUUAUUUCUGUGGAGGUCAAAGUGCAUUUGAAGCGGUUUUUGUGUGAGACUGUCAACUGGUGGUGUAGCUCACAUUAGGCUGACUUGUGGAUCUAACCUGUGCAAAAAAUAUUUUCAGAAUACAUUUAUUUAUUUAUUGGUGAAACGUGUUACAUUGAGGAAAAAAAUCCUGUGUUUGAAAUACAAAUACAUUCCUAUUUUUUAUUAUCAUUUUUGUAAAUAUUUGUAUUUUUUUGCAUUAAA